CCAAUAUUGUGCAGCGCACACGGCACGACGGCUGAUCGCAGAGCAGCAGCAACAGCAGCAACAAAUCCGCCCCUGGUUUUAAGAAACACAAAUUAAACGCAUAUUUAUUUACGGAAGUGUCAAAACGGAAACGCUGAACUUAACCUCAAUAAACGCCCCCUUCCCAAGCCGGUUGCCGUUUGUUGAUCGAGCAUAGAUUUGCAAAAAUUCGAACAGUGCUUUUUAACUUUCCAAUUGAAACGGUUUGUGACAAUAACGCCCACAAAAAUAUUUCUGUUUUCUUUUGUGGGCCAAGCUCUUCAAAGCUGUGCGCGUGUGCGACGUCAUUUGAUCCACUCGUUGGAAGUGUGCCCCCCUCUACCCCCCUCCACUACCAUCGCCAGUGCUGCCAAUUGGUUUUGUUGUUGUUGUUUGUGUUUUUGUUUUUAUUUGGCCUGUGUGUUGCUGUUUGCCGUUUGGAACGUCAAAUUCGAUUUUUAUGACUUUUGAAAGCGUGACUAAGGCGUGAUUUAUGAUGGCGUGUGGUUUUUAAUAUUCAUGUGCAAAGUCAAAAGCCAAAAAGCAGCCACGAACCAACCGCAGCAGCCACUGGCCACAAGAGGCGCGCGCACUCAACCUGCGUAGGUGCGCCAAACAAUAAAAAAAUCAAAGGCAGCACCAAUAGCCGGACAACAACCACAACAGAGACAACAACAGGCGUUGCAUCUUUGUGCCCACGGGCCAAGUGCUGGCUCGAUAUCCUGCUGUGUGUGCGUGGAUCAGUGGAUCAGUGUUUUGGGCUUUUUAUGGACGCAGCGAAGCAAUUGACUGCCGCUGCUGCAGCUGGCAAGCACGACAACAACAACAGCAGCAGUAACAACAACAACACUAUGCAAACGGUGCAACAACAAAGCAAUACAACAGCAACAACAACAACCGCAACAACAGCAACAGCAGUAACAGCGACUGCGGCCGAGACCUGCAGUAAGUCACAUGCGCUAGAAGCGGCAGCAACAAUUGCAGCCAGCAACAAGAACACCAGCAGCAGCAGCAACAGCAACAACAACAACAACAAGCAGCAAACAGACAUGACAACAACAACAGCAAACAUCGAGCAGCAGCUCAAAAAAACAGAAGUGCAACCGCAAUCAGCAGCAACAGGCAAAGCAGCAACAAACUCAACUGCAACAGCAGCAGCAGCAAGCGCAUCAGCAACUGUUGCCGCUGCUGCCACUAAAUCAAGUGCAGCAGCAAUGGCCGCUGCCACAGCAACAGCAGCAGCAGCCACCAAUGACCUGGCAGCAGCUGCUGCUGUGGUGCUCUCGCUGCAGGGCACCAUGGUCAGCAGCCUGCAGCAGGCGGCCUUGCUGCCGGCCAAUUCGGCAGCAGCGGCAGCGCUCAAUUUGCAGGCGCUCGAAUCCUAUUUGGCGCUGCAGCGCCUCACUGGCAAAUCGGAUGUGUUUCGCUUUAGCAGCAGCAACAACAACAACACUAGCAAUGGCAACAGCAACAACAAUAGCAAUGGCAGCAACAACAACAGCAGCAGCAGCGGCGGCAACAACAACAUCAGCAACAGCAACAACAACAGCGAUGCUGAACAGAAUGCAACAUUGCCAACGCUCAUAGACAUAGCCAGCAUUGAGCUAAAGUCGAGCUGCUCCUCGAGCGCCUCAAGCAACUCCACGGCUGUGGCCACUUCGCCCAACGCCAACAGCAACACCAACAACAACAAUGCUAGCAGCAACAGCAGCUGCAACAACAACAACAGCAGCAACAGUAACAACAACAACAGCCACAGUAAUAGCAGCUCCUCAAGCACAUCCAAGUGCAUUCCACCACUGCCCUCAAUUAGCACCGUGAGCGCCGCUGUGGCCGCUGCUGCUGCCGCUGCCGCCGCUGCGGCCAAUCAGCAGGCGGCACUGGACUGUGCCACAGCCGCCGAGUUGGCAGCCGAAUGCGAUUUGCCGCUACUCGACGGCGAGGAUGCCUUGUCCUUUGAGGCCGGCGACCUGGACAGCAGCUACGGCAGCUUCAUCUUCAAUCCGAGCAGCUUCGGCGCCACGGAAACGGACACCACGCUGCACUCGCUGCAGGCGACUAUGUACCAGGACAAGCUGAGCGUCAUGGCUGCGGCUGGCGGCAGCAGCAGUGCGGAGGAUGCGGCAAAUGGCUCCACGGCAGCGGCAGCCCAGCGCUCGAAGAAGCAGUUCAUUUGCAAGUUCUGCAAUCGCCAGUUCACCAAGUCCUACAAUCUGCUCAUCCACGAACGCACCCACACGGACGAACGUCCCUAUUCCUGUGACAUAUGCGGCAAGGCCUUCAGGCGUCAGGAUCAUCUGAGGGAUCAUAGAUACAUUCACUCCAAGGAGAAGCCCUUCAAGUGCGCCGAAUGUGGCAAGGGCUUCUGCCAGUCGCGCACGCUAGCCGUGCACAAGAUUCUGCAUAUGGAGGAGUCGCCGCACAAGUGUCCCGUUUGCAAUCGCUCCUUCAAUCAGCGCUCGAACCUGAAGACGCACCUACUCACCCACACGGACAUCAAGCCCUACAAUUGUGCCUCAUGCGGCAAGGUGUUUCGGCGCAAUUGUGAUCUGAGGCGCCACAGUCUGACGCACAAUCUGUCGGCCACGGGCGGCAUAGGCGGCGGCUUGGGUGAUCUAUUUGGCAGCAGCAGUAACGGUUCCAGCUCCGAUCUGGGCCUAUCGAUGGUCCUGCCCAGCCCAACAGGCUCCGGAGCAGCUGCCUCAGCCACCUCCAGAGACCUGGUUGCCGUCAGCGAUUGAGCUCCUUUCAAAAAACGAAGCGUUCUCAAAAUCUCAUUUGCAGCUCUCAACAAUUCGAAUCCCUCCACAAUGUGUCUGAUCUGUGUUGCUCGUACUCGUGGCCUUUAAGUUGCUUUCAGCUUACAGCAUUUAAUUUAGUUUUUAGCUUGUGACUAAUUGUGGUUAAGCUAAUGAUAUUUCUAGCUGGUAAUUUAUUGGAUAUUUGAAACAUGGAUAUAUAUCGAAAGUUUGACUUUAUUUGGAUAUACUUACUAUCUAGAGAAUUAAGUAAAUUGUGGACUUU